AGUGCCUGCGGCCUCAGCCCUGCGCCCGGCCCCAUGGUUUCCAGGGUUCCUUGUUUUGAGAGUGCAGGAGGAGAGAAACCGCAGCCUCUCUGCUCGCAGUUCUCAGUGCCACUCUCGGGGAGGGCGGGGCCCAGGACCUUGGCCUGUGUAGAGGGGGAAGAGUGUGGCGGACCCAAAGUCCAAGGAGUCAUUCCAGAGUAGGAAAGAGGGACAGAAUGGACAGUCUCCUAACUCCUAGGGAGUCCGCUAGGUUUAUUGCAGAAAAUAGUAGGGAUGUGUUCAUUGAUAGCGAAGGCGUGCGGAGGGUGGCUGAAAUGUUGCUUGCCAAGGCCUCGGGGCCGGAGUUACGCGUGGAAGGGUGGAAAGCUCUUCACGAACUGAAUCCCAGGGCGGCCGACGAGGCCGCGGUCAACUGGGUGUUUGUGGUAGACACGCUCAACUUCUCCUUUUGGUCGGAGCAGGAUGAGCACAAGUGUCUGGUAAGGUACAGAGGGAAGACCUACAGUGGGUACUGGUCCCUGUGCGCCGCAGUUAACAGAGCCCUGGACGAAGGAAUACCAAUAACUAGUGCCUCCUACUAUGCCACAGUGACCCUGGAUCAGGUUCAGCAUAUAUUUCGUUCUGACACAGACAUAUCCAUGCCUUUGAUAGAAGAGAGGCAUCGGAUUCUCAACGAAACUGGGAAAAUUCUGCUGGAGAAGUUUGGAGGCUCUUUUCUUAAUUGUGUCAGAAAAAGUGAAAAAAGUGCACAGAAGUUAAUGCACCUGGUCGUUGAAAAUUUUCCUUCAUAUAGAGAUGUGACUCAGUUUGAGGGGAAAAGGAUUUCUUUUUACAAACGGGCUCAAAUCCUUGUGGCAGACACUUGGAGUGUGUUAGAAGGAAAAGGAGAUGGCUGCUUUAAGGAUAUCUCCAGUAUCACUAUGUUUGCUGACUAUAGAUUACCUCAGAUUCUUGUUCACCUUGGAGCCCUAAAAUACUCUAAUGACCUACUGAAGAAGCUUCUCAAAGGAGAAAUGCUCUUGUAUGGGGAUAAGCAAGAGGUGGAAAUCAGAGGGUGUUCCCUGUGGUGUGUGGAGCUGAUCCGGGAUUGUCUUCUGGAGCUUAUCAAAAGAAAGGGUGAAAAGCCUAAUGGAGAGAUCAAUUCCAUUCUUCUGGAUUUUUACUUAUGGGACUACGCCCGUGACCAUAGGGAAGAUAUGAAAGGAAUUCCAUUUCAUCGCACACGGUGCAUUUAUUAUUGACCCUGAGUGUAAACUGAUCCAAAGAAAACUGCAUUUUUAUAUCAUAUAAUCAUUUGUACAAUUUUGCUCUGAUAUUAAGAGAAGGUGGUAAAGGUUAUGGAAACAAGAAAAUUGAUUAUCCAGUCUCACUUAAAAAUUUUUUCCUUGUCUGGGCAUGAUGGUACAACUUCUGAUCCCAGCUAUGUGAGAGGCUGAGGCAGGUAAACCCAAGUUUGAGGCCAGCCAAAACCACUUAGCAAGAACCUGUCUCAAAACAAAAUAAAAAAAUUUUUGAAGGGCUGGGGGUAAAGUUCAGUGGUAGUGCCUCUAGGUUCAGUUCCCUAGUACCAAAAUAAGUAAAUAAAUAAAUUGAUAAAUAAAAAAUUUUCUUUGAUAUAUCAUUGUGUAUUCCCAGCUUUAUCCUAAAGUGGUUUUUUGUUUUUGUUUUUGUUUAUUUUUUCCUUUUUUCCGUACCAGAGAUUGAACAAGGGGCACUUAACCACUGAACCCAUCCCAACCCUUUUGGAUAUUUUAUUCAGAGACACAUCCUCAUUAAGUUGCUGAGUCUGGCUUUGAAUUUGAGAUCCUCCUGCCUUAGCUUCCCCAGCUGAUGGGAUAAGAGGGAUAUGCCUCUGUGUCUGACUCUGUGCAUGUUUAGUUUAGACAAUAUUUUCCCUUUCUGUGCACAUAUGGUUGACAGAAAUAAUAAAGGAACUUAAAAUACUUUCUUUGAAUUCCAGAUUUUAAAAAAUAUAAUCAUGCCUUAUAAUGUGAUUAAUAUUCAGUGAUAAUAUUCCCUCCAUUCAAUU